UCUCCCUCUCUCUCUCUCUCUGCUGCUAUUCUGGGAAGUGCUGUUUGGAAUAACCCCCUAUGAGUGUGUGUGUGCGCGUGUCUCCUGAUUUCACCCUCACAACACACGCACACAUACACACUCACAGCCCAGUCGGACGCGCACAGUGCACAGUGAGUGUGUGAGUGUGUGUGUGACUGCAGCAGCAGCAGUGUAGAGGAGCGACAGAUCAGAUCCGGUCGGAGAGGAUUCCUCCUUCAACAUUUUUACGCGCAACUUUCUCCUCCGACGCGUCUCUCUCCUUCACCUCCACCCGGAUCCAGCGCUCCUCCUCUCAGCUCCUCUCAGCUCCUCUCAGCUCCCUGGAUCUCUAACGAACCGUCUGCUGGCUGGGUUUCUGUUCUGGAGCGGAGGAUCUCCUGUCACCGGAGGUUGCUUGUUGUCAUUACCGGAGACAGACGGACGGAGACGGAGACGCGCAGCCGGAGGAGCGCAACACGGACGGAAGCUUCUCCUCCAGCCUCCAGCCUCCAGCCUCCAGCCUCCAGCUAACCCUCCCAGAGGUUCAGACAGCAGUAGAUUAACAGAGAGAACAGGCUACCAGUGGAGACCUGCUGAUCCAGGCUGGUUCCUGGCUCUGUUUCAGACCUGGGUCCUGGGCUACCUGAUGAAAAGCUCUUUCAGGAGCUGUGACCAGUUUGUGGACUUGCUAAACUGGACCAGAGGACAAACAGCUACACCAGGAUGGCCACGUGAGGACACGUUCUGUCGGGACUCCCGCUGAAACCAAACUGAGCACAUGCAGACCGACAGCUGACCGACAGGUGACCAACAGGUGACCAACAGGUGACCGACAGGUGACCGACAGAUUCUCCGUUCACCGUGGAGGCAUGAGAGAAAAACUACGUUUUCUUCAAGAGUUCAAGUCAACACGGGGUCUUUAGGGGAGGAGACUUGAUGACUUUUGAAGCUAAAGAAAGACGAUCUACAAGCACUUUCCCCAACAGAAAAAUCACUCAAGGAUUCGUCCGUCUUGAACUGGACAGAAACAUAACGCACAGCAACAUUAGUGUUUACAACAUGGCAACAGGAGAGAAGCAGUUCUGAUGUUAUCCACUAAAGCACCACCCUUUUAUUUCCACUUCCUGAUUCCCGUUUCCAGCCUGGCUUUACAAUCAGUCUAUUUCAGCAAUGGACGGGUACUUCCUGUUUCUGUGAACUUGUCGGCAGCCCUCAAAGGUUCAGCUAUCAUGCCUGGUAGUUUUGGGACCUUGUAACCCUCCCAACUCCCCCACCAUCCCCUCUCUCCUCCCUCUUCUAACGUCACCAAUAUGGAGGCUCGUGAAUCAGCUGCCGCCGGGCAGAGAUGCUCAAAUAAGGAACCAGUGAAGGAGAAGGCGUCUCUUCAAAGGAAGUGGGCGUCCGAGCCCUCUGCUAGCUCCAAACGAAGCAGUUUUGCUGACCCAGAGGCAAAACAACGCGAGAGUUUGCCGUGUGGUGCCACGGGCGGAUCAGCACCCCAGCAGAAAUACGCAAUUACAGGGAAUUCUGGGAAGCUGCUAUCUGGACCUUCUGCAGUUGGGGCCAUGGGAGGCCCGCCAUCUCAAGACCCCCAAGGACCCUUUGCUCAGGGGUUCCCGAGGGGAUACUCCUACCAGCUCGGCCAGCCGUACCCUCAGCACCCCCAAACUGAGCGCUUCCUCUCAGGAGCCAAACCCCAGCCAGGGCUAGAGCCUCACGCCUGGCCAUUUGCUGGCCAGUUGCCCUCGGAUGACCUGUACCCUGUAGGACACCCGGGACACACUCAUCCUCACGGGGCUGGGGCAGGGAGGUUUCCCUGCCAGAAAUCUCCCAGUUUACCCAGCUCCUUCGGACAGUAUUCUCAGUCGGGCCCUGAGCCCGGAGAGGAGGGCUACAGCAAAAAGGAGCAGAAGCCCAAAAAGCCCGGCAAGUACAUCUGUCACUACUGCGGUCGAGCUUGCGCCAAGCCCAGCGUCUUGAAGAAGCACAUCCGCUCACAUACUGGAGAGAGGCCAUAUCCUUGUGUACCCUGCGGCUUUUCCUUUAAAACCAAGAGCAACCUUUACAAGCAUCGCAAGUCCCACGCUCACGCCAUCAAGGCUGGACUCGUACCGUUUUCAGAGCUAGCUGUGGCCCGCGGCGGGGACAUGGACCAGGCGUCCCCAGUGGGCGAUGCCGAGGUCCACUCGGAUGGAGAGCAGAGUACCGACACGGACGAGGAAGGUGUGGAGGGCUCCACCAUGCUGAUGGACAAAGACAGCCCCAUCCCACAGAUCCCCUUUGAAGCUGACAAGAAUACAGGUGGUGUGGAACCAGCAUAUGCAGACUCAGCUGAAGAGCUGCUGGUGGGGUCAAUGAAAGUGCCUAUCCUUAUUGUCCCCAAGCCUGGGGGAGUCCCCUCCACGGGGAUGGAGUGCCCACCCUUUCAGGACAUAAAGGGGUCACACCACAUGUUGGCAUCACACGCUGGCGCAAGAGCGCAUUCACUGGAUGACUCCCCUACCAUCAAACAACGUUUGGCCCUGAGGCUGAAUGAGAAAAAAGGUCAGGACUGUGACUCUGCCAUGUCCCAGUCCCUGAACCUCCUCAGUCCUCACAGCAAAGGCAGCACAGACUCCGGCUACUUUUCACGCUCUGAGAGUGCAGAGCAGCAGAUCAGCCCUCCAAAUGCUAACGUCAAGACGUACGAAGAGAUUAUGUUUGGUCGGACUUGGUACUACCGACCUAACUCCAGAUCCAGACAGUCUAUCACAGUUGGCAUGGCGGGGGCAGACCCCAGCCUAGCUAGCUUAAAGCAACCAGGUGCUAUUCUGGACAUGGGGAAGAUCGCAGAGGAUCAUAUCUGUUAUAGAGGUGAUGUAGGAGUCUCUGGAGAUCCCAAGCAGUAUCCAACAGGACCCUGUCAAAGCAGUACAGGGCUUCUGGAGCCUCCAUCAGAUUCUGGGACCCUUAUUAGGAGUAACUCCAUGCCAACGUCCAACCCUCCUAACCUUAGCGUCCCCCCAGCGAUUCGAGGCAGCCACUCUUUCGAUGAGAUGAUGACGUCGGACGAUGUGUUUUACCCACCGGGGCGCAGACUCAGAAGACAAGCUGCGUUUGAACAUUCAGCCAAUGAAGCCCAUGUAGGAGAGGCCGAGGGCUACGGACACAUGCCCAAGAAUUUAGCUUCAUCUCUGGGUAUGAAGAUCGGUGAGCGCAACCCAGGAGUCCCAGAGCACAUUGCCUACAGCCCAUAUGGUACUAAAGUUAGCAUGUCAGAAAUAGCCACAAGAAAAAGGAGGAAAGAGAAGAGUGUUGGGGAUGAAGAGGACAGCCCUGGGCACUGCGACAGUAGCUGUAGUGGUUCAGUGGACAUGAUAGGGGACUAUGACUUUAGACAAGGUAGUCUUGAUGGGUCGAGAGCCACCCCAACAGGGAAGGGCUCUCUUCACAGCGCUCACAGCCAGUCGGACAGCUUUGAUACCUGUGCCAGCAUGUGCUCCGAGGACAUUGCACUCUUUACUGACUCUGAGGGCAGGAAGGCAGCUGGGAAUGUCAUAUCAGUCAUCCAGCACACCAACUCCCUCAGCCGGCCAAAUUCCUUUGAGAAGUCAGAGUCCUUUGAGCAGCCAGGAUAUCAGCCUUCAGAUAAAGUUCUUUCUAGCCAGUACUCUGAACAGUCCGACAAUGACAUCUAUGAAGAUGCUCUGAGUCCUGAAUCUGCCCUAUUCAGGACAGAGAGCAUGGAGCAGCAGCUGCAAAGUGACAGUGACCUGGCUUCCCUCUCAUCUUCGUCAGCUGCAGCGUCACCUGGCCAGCCUUAUCACAUCCCUCACAAGCUAGUACGACAACCCAACAUCCAAGUUCCUGAGAUCAGGGUGACGGAGGAGCCGGACAAGCCUGAGAAAGAUACAGAAGCUCAGAUGAUCAAGGAACCGGAGAAGCAGGCGCAGCAUGUGGAGGAAUUCCAGCUGCCACAGAGGAGUGACACACUCGCCCAGAUGCCAUCGGAAAAGCUCCCACCGAAGAAGAAGAGGCUGCGCCUGGCGGAUAUGGAGCACUCGUCAGGGGAGUCAAGCUUUGAGUCGACGUGCACCAGCCUGUCUCGCAGCCCCAGUCAGGAGAGCAACCUGUCCCACUCCUCGUCCUUCUCCAUGUCCUUUGACCGAGAGGAAGGACUCAAGUCUGUCUCACCCACCAAACAGGAUGACUCGUCGGCAUCUGGCGGUGGACCUAAGCAGUCGGAGUUCCUGACGGUACCUGGCAGUGGUCAUUCCAGCCACCACCAGCAGAGGGAGAUGAGGAGGUCUUCGUCGGAGCAGGCGCCGUGCACGCUGCCCACAGAGUUGCCUGAAAUGCGCAGCAAAUCCUUUGACUAUGGAAGCUUGUCCUCCUCCAGACAGGGAGAGAUAUACUCCAGUGCCUCUGCAAUGAAGGAACGCCGGCGUGGAUAUCUCGUCCGACAGGCUUCCCUGAGUGUUUAUCCAGAGGCAGUCAUCCAGGAACCAGCGGGUGCUGAGAUGUCAAUCAAACAGGAGGUUCUGGAACAUGGGGCGUGGCCUGGCCCAACAGGAUCCCCCCACAGCAGCAGUGAUGUAACCAGCAGAACCAAGAGAGUUGGCAGUAGCACUGGUGGAUCUCACCAACACCAACAGCACCAUCAGCAUCUCCUCCAGCAGAGUAUCAGUGAGGACAGCCUGCAGGACGAACCUCUCUAUGGCCGGUCCCAUCAGCAUCGCCUGCAGACCCAGGGCUCGUCAUCUGAAUCAGAAUAUCAAGGUCACGAGGUCAUGAAUAAGGAAGUAAUCCAGCAGUACCCGAGUGGUCCUCCCUACCUUUCCUACCAGCAACCAGGUCUGUACUGGGGUCAGGAGGCCGGUCAGACACCCAGACAGCAGCUGACCCUCCAGGCCCAGCAGCAACUCCAAAAGCUCCACAUCAGAUCCCCGGGCUCCCUGCCUGGACACUCACUCCACAAACAAGCACCGCUCCACUCCCUGCAGCAGAUCCAUGAUCAGCAGCCACACGAUGGGAAACCAGACAACCCGAGCUCUCAGAUGUACUCGUUCUCGUCUCGCUCCUCUCCCCUGCCUCAGCAACAACAGCAAAACUUUGCUUCUCUCGCCUCCAAGCACUCCCUGCCCUGUUCCACCACCACAACCUCCAUGCUCCUGCAGCAGGUCCAGCCGGUCUUUGCCACCCAGAACCUGAGCUCCCAGGCUUCUCUGCCUGGUAUGCUGGUUCCUGUGCGGAUCCAAACCCAUGUGCCAUCAUAUAGUAGUGUUAUGUACACCAGUGUUAGCCAGCUGGUAGCCAGCCAUGGCAGUGGGACACAAGGGUUGUGCUCAGCCAGGCCAGGCGGUUCUGACAACAGCAUCAUGUCUCCAGUUGUCUCUGUGAGUGUCAGUAAACCACCUGGAGGAAUUGGAGGAGGCAUAAGUGGGGCAGGUUUCAACCUAGCACAUUUCCUUGGACAGACUGAUGUUGCAGCGCUGCGCUACCCUCUCUGGAAGAGUCCAGAUUCACUACCGGAGCAACGCCUGAACACCGGGAUCCCACUGUCACUAACGUCAGGCACCAUAUCCACCACGGACGCCUCGGGAUCGGGCAUCGGAGGCAGCAAGCGCAUGCUCUCUCCCGCCAGCUCUCUGGAGCUCUUCAUCGAGACGAAGCAGCAGAAAAGAGUGAAGGAGGAGAGGAUGUACGGACAGAUUGUGAAGGAGAUGAGUGCAGUGGAGCUGAGUGGAACCGAAAGCAGUGGCAAGCCUGAGAAGGUCAGAGGUCAUCGAGCUCGUCUGAAGAGCGAAGGCUCCAUGGAUGAGUCUGAAAGGAUGUCCUCUUCUCCUCCACUAAGUGACUUCCCCGUUGCCACCAAGAUUGCCAUUCCCGUCCGUUCCUCCGCCCCCCACCUUCCCGACGUUCCCCGGGCCGAGAGCUUCACCCCCCCUCUCCAGAUCGUCACAGACCGUUCCCCGGUUUCAGGCGGUCGGGACUCCCCAGAGGAGCUCGAUGUGGACGAUUCAGUCCCAGAGCCCAGCUCCAGCCCACAGUCCAUGGUGUCCUCCAACGAUGCAGAGGACACUGACGACACAAAUCAGCCCUCAUCCAGUAAAAUCCCUGUUAGCAUGCUGGUCCAGCUGGCUGCCAACCAAAGCGCAGGAUCAUCCGGAGCAGCGGGCCAGACUCUGCUGCUCACGGAUGUGGCUGAUGUCCAGCAGUUUUUCCAGUUCCCGAGCCUGCGCACUAUGAGCAGAGUCAGCUGGUGUUUCCUGAACUACACCAAACCCAACAGCACCCAAACUGCCUUGCAUAGCUCCGUCUACAACUCCUGGUGUGUAAGCUCAUACAACCCCAAUCCUCUGAACCUCAGCACCAAGGCGGCACUGGCCCUGCUGAGGUCCAAACAGAGGAGGAACACUGAUAUGAUGUACUCAACUGCAGCCAUGUCGCCACCCAGCUCUGGAAAGCUGGUGUCAUCUGUGGCCUGGAAGCUGAGGUUUGAUCAGUUGAAGCCAGAGCUGAUGCCGGUUGACGUCAGUAAUUUCGGGAGGAAGAUGAAGGGAGUGGCAUCGUGGGAGCGGUCGAAGGAGGAGCAGGUGGAGAAAGAGGUCUCGGUCAAACAGCCCGCCACCGAACCGACCCGCAUCAAGAUCUUCGAAGGCGGGUACAAAUCCAACGAGGACUACGUUUACGUCCGUGGUCGCGGUCGGGGGAAAUAUAUCUGCGAGGAGUGCGGCAUCCGCUGUAAGAAACCCAGCAUGCUGAAGAAACACAUCCGAACGCACACCGACGUCCGGCCGUACGUCUGCAAGUUCUGCAACUUCGCCUUCAAAACGAAAGGAAACCUGACGAAGCACAUGAAGUCGAAGGCUCAUAUGAAAAAGUGUCUGGAGUUGGGAGUCUCCAUGUCUUCUGUUGAGGACAACGAGGCGGACGAAGGAGAUGUCGGAGAGGAAGGCCAGAGGUCUGAAAAGAUGUCCCGAGGCGCCAUGGCGGAUCACCAGUUCUCAGACGCCGAUGACUCCGACGGCGGAGAGGACGACGGCGAUGAGGUGGACGACGAUGACGACGAAGAGGACGACUACGACGGCGACUCCACCCCUAAGACCCGUUCUCGCUCCACCAGCCCGCAGCCUUACAGCCUGCCGUCCAUGUCCAUCACGGCGGUGGCGUCCUCCUACCCGGCUCCUCACCUGUCUCAUCACUCAGCGUCGGACCUCCUGGGCAGCGCCACCAAGCCGCCGCUGUUUGGCUACUUCACUACCGUGCCGAGCAUCCAGAUCACGCCGCAGGCGCCGCCCAGCGACCACGGCCAGACGGAGUACCAGCGAGGCCUGCAGCGGGCGCUGGGCGGCGGGCUGCUGGCUCCUCCAUCCUCCUCGUCCUCCAUGGACGAUGACCUCCCCGUCCCGUCCCCAGACUUCUCCUCCUCGUCCUCCCGCCUGUCCUCGCCCGGGCUGGACCACUCCCGCUGCCCGUCCCCGAACUCCCCGUCCUCCUCGCCUUCAGCCCGCCGGUACCUCUCCCCACGCCGAGACCUCUCGCCCCGCGCCGGACACCUCUCACCCCGGCGGGACAUCUCCCCUCUGCGUCACAUUUCCCCCAAGAGAGACCUGGGAGGAGGCUACCGGAGAGACCUGUCCCCCAGGAGGGGACACCUCUCGCUGCUGUCCCCCCUCUCUCGGCCCACGUCUCCGGCAGGAAGAGACUACAAGCGUGACCUUUCACCACGAGGGCGCCACAGGGCGAUGAUCCGGCCUGUUUCUCCUCGCCGAGGGCUCCACCAACACCUCCUCCACCAAAGCCAGCAGAGUGGAUCGCGGGGCCUCAGGACGGGUCACCAGGCCGGGCUACUGGGUCAGACGGAGCUGGGACGCCGCAGAACCAGCGCAGAGAUGGAGACGGAACAUUGUUUGGGCUCAUCGUCGCUAGGGGAACGGGACCAGGGCGGUAGCCGCGGUAACCAGUCCAGCCCACCUCACCAGGUCCUGUUCAGUCACCUUCCUCUCCACUCUCAACUCCAGGUGCGUUCUCCGUUCCCGAUGAUCCCCAUCGGAGGGAUCCAGAUGGUCCACUCCGUCCCCACGUCCGUCAGCUCCCCGCUGGGCCAGCAGGGGGCGCCGCACAUCGCAUCCCGCCUGCUGAUGCAGAAGAGCACGUCGGAGGAGUCCACCGCCAGCGAGGCCGCCUCCCCUCAUUUCACCUCCUUCACCGAGAGGGGACUUCGAGUAGGAGGAGGAGGAGGAGGAGGAGGAGGCGAGAGGCUGAGGGAGUCGACGUCACCUCACCCGUCAUCGCAGGAGAGGGAAGCAGGAGGAGGAGGAGGAGGAGGAGUGAGGCCGGAGCAGGAGGAGAGCAUCCAGACCUGCACCAAGGCCAUCGCCUCACUCUGCAUCGACUCGGAGGAGCUCGCCGAGAGAGGAGGAGUAGGAGGAGUAGGAGGAGGACUAAUAGGGGAUAGAGGGAAAGAUGGAGGCAGAACUUCCUCCUCCUCCUCUCCCUCUCCUUCUGCGUUGUCCUACGACUCCCAACUGCAGCGCUCGCCAUCCAUCUCCACGUCGCCGCCGUCUCCUCACCCUUCGCCGUCUCCUCCACAAGGUCCUGGGAUUCAGCACUUUAGGGGCCUGGAGCUCAGGCCCCCCCACCCAUCCAUCCCCGCCUCCUCCCCUCACUACUCCUCCUCCUCAUCCCCCUCUCCCGCCUCCUCUCCUCACCCUCCCAGCCCCGGAUCUGAAAGCCUCCAGCCGUCCAGACCUCUGAAGCUGGAGAGAGACAGGGAGGCGGAAAGCACAAAGAGAAGCAGAGAGGCGUCGUAGGGCUGCAGGAGACCGCCGUGGAUUUCCUUUUGUUGUUGUUUUGGAUGAUAGGAAGGGAUGAAGUGCAACAGAGAGAGAAAAAAUGACUUUUGCACACUUUACACACUUCAGUUUAUACACACAUACACUCUCUCUCACACACACAAAUACAAAGAACAACUUGUCAAACAGACUAAAACACGACUGGACGUCUGCAGUUCUGAUGUUUGUGCAGCAUGCCUGUCCUAACCGGGGCCUGCUCUCAGAAACCUAUUUAAAGACUUUAAAGAGGAUCACAUGUACGGUAACUCCACCAACACGAGCCCGACCAAAAUCUGCUAAAACACAAAAGGACUCUGGUUAAAGCGGUACGUCGAGAAAAGACUAAAUGAGCUACGUGUGUGCCUUUUCUUUCAUCUUUUGUGUUUGUUUUGUGCUUAUAUUCUUAUAAGCAGACAAAGCAGGAAGGUAAAUGUAAAUACAAUAUUAUCACGUAUCAGCUUUGUAAUAAAUGCAAUCCCUCCUCCCUCCUUCCUCCUUCCUCCUUCCUCCUUCCUCCUCCCCUCUCUCUCCCGUGUUUCCUUUUGGACACCUUAAAGUCUCGACAAGCGAUGUGAAGUUAUGGAUAUUACUAUUACGUACGGUUGCACUAAAACAUAUUUUUAUAUGAGUGAAAUUUUAAAAAUGGCUUUUUUUGUGUACAGCAGCAAUUCUAUAAUACUAUUUAUUAUUGUUACCAUGUUUCAUAAAUUGUACAUUUUUUCUUAAAUGUUGUGGAUGCCUUUUUCUAUGUAAAGCAUGAGGUUUUUUGCUAUCGCUGACAUUAGGGCGAGGAUAUGUACACUGUAAUAUGGCUUUAUAUGUUAGACCUAUUUAUAUAUCUGUCUGAGUGAGCCCCCUCUGCUUGGAGGUAUAUACACAUAGAAGUAAGAUUUACCAGAAUAUUUACCCAGCAUAUGAUACAUACAGUAUAUAGAAUCUAUCUGUCUAUCUAUCUAUCUGCACUUAACAUUUAGAAGGACAUUCACAUUAAGGUUUCGCUAGUUUGCUUGUACAUUUUUCUCUGCUGCUCUUUGCCGUUCCCCUCCGCUCGGGAUUUCUCUUGUUUUUUUUACUUUCGUGGUUUUAUUAUUUUCAUUUUUACGAUGCAGACUCGCUCUCAGCAUUAAGUGAAUGAACAUGCCUUCUUGCACCGUGGCAUUCUGCUCAGCUGUUGGUUUUUAUACACACCCCAUACACCCCACGACCCCCACGACCUCCCCCCAUACACCCUACGACCUCCCCCCAUACACCCCACGACCUCCCCCAAUACACCCAACAACCUCCCCCCAUACACCCUACGACCUCCCCCCAUACACCCUACGACCUCCCCCCAUACACCCCACGACCUCCCCCAAUACACCCAACAACCUCCCCCCAUACACCCCACGACCUCCCCCCAUACACCCUACGACCUCCCCCCAUACACCCCACGACCUCCCCCAAUACACCCAACAACCUCCCCCCAUACACCCCACGACCUCACCCCAUACACCCCACGACCUCCCCCCAUACACCCCACGACCUCCCCCCAUGCACCCCCCGACCUCACCCCAAUACACCCAACAAUCUCCCCCCAUACACCCCACGACCUCACCCCACACACCCCACGACCUCACCCCACACACCCCACGACCUCACCCCAUACACCCCACGACCUCCCCCCUUACACCCCAUAACCUCCCCCCAUACACCCCACGACCUCAUCCCAUACACCCAAAAACCUCCCCCCAUACACCCCACAACCUCCCCCCAAUACACCCCCCGACCUCACCCCAUACACCCCACAACAUUAUGGUGUACGGUUAUAGACCUGCUCUAUAUAUAAAGCGUCUUGAGAUAACUUCUGUUGUGAUUUGACGCUAUACAAAAAUAAAUUGAUUUGAUUUGAUUUGAUUUGACAUCGCCCCAUACACCCGACAACCUCCCCCAAUACACCCCCCGACCUCCCAACAUAUACCCCACGACCUCCCCCCAUACACCCCACAACAUCGCCCCAUACACCACACAACCUCCCCCAAUACAUCCCACGAUCUCCACACUCCUCCCCAACAUGGUGGUAGCUCCACUUUCUGAAAAACGACUUUGCUUGAAUGGUUUUAUUCGUCGGAUAUCUGAACGGGGAAAACAUUCCAGUCCGUGUAAAUAUUCAGUCCACCCCCCCUAAACACACACACACACACACACACACACACACACACACACACACACAUGUACAUUGUUUUGGCAUUGAUGCACAUUGUUGCCAUGGCAAUCAACCCUCCUUAUUUAAUGGUUUUAUUCUGGGGACACGUCUACAAACACACCAAACUCUCUGACUAAUGCACCUUAUAUUUCUGAAAGUCCCAGCACUCUGAUCAGUUGUUCUUUUUGCAGCAAACUUUUGAUUGAAAUGGAAAUGUUUAGGAGGAGAACUGCUCUACGCUCUGAACCCAGAAACUGUCUGAAUAAUAAUCAUUUACCAGUUGUGACAUUGAGGCUUUCUGCACUGCUGUUUUGGACCCUCCUCGUCUCCUGGACAUCCCUUUGUAGCUAAGCAAUAUUUAGCCAGAGCUCUGCUCACCAGCAGGGAGUGUAUUUGUUGCAAGGCAACAAUAAGCGUUUUUAAAAAUCCUAAAAUCAGGAGACGAAGGGAGCAGCAGGAGGUUGCGGUGAUUUCAGCGACUACUCUUUUGACAGUUUUUGGGCGGAGUCGGGCCGGCUGCAACGCGAGUGUGUAUCUCUGUACUCUGUAUCGGUGUGUAUUCGACCAGUAUAUCCUCUUCUUACGACUUUUUUCUAUUUGGAUCCUCCCUCUGUUAUGUACACUUAUCAUGACGACAAUGAUGUCUUUUACAAAAAAAAAUCUCUUUCUCUCUUUCAAAGAUAUCAAAGCACAAAGUCAUUGUAUAGAAAUGACGACAAUACAAAAAAUAAAAGGACAAAAAAAAGGUAAACGUGCAUAUAAAAGGGUAACUUUUGUGAUGGUGUUCUGUGGAAUUAAUACAUAUAUCAUGUAUGACCCCAGUUGCAACAAGGAAUCGCAGUAGAAGUGGAAAAAAUGGAUUGUUGUUUUCAAAUAAAUAUGAAUAGAAUCA